AUGGCUUCAUCUAAGUACAUGAUCAUAUUCGGUCUACUUAUGGCCAUGUCAUGCAUCGACGUGAGCCUUGCAGCACGCCAUCUAUUGCAGACGGUGCCUACCUUACCCAACCCGACUACUGCCAUUCCCCCAUUGCCUACAAUCCCAACAACUCUGCCUCAGCCUAGUAUCCCACCGAUGCCAAGCACCCAAAUCCCGUCUCUCCCAAACAUGCCUUCCAUUCCAAACAUGGCUCUCCCUCCCAUGCCAAACCUUCCAACCACCAUUCCCACCACCAUCCCCAACCUUCCGACAUCUAUCCCUUCGAUUCCUUCCCUUUCUCCACCUCCUUCAAACUAA